CCGCGGUUUCUCAAAUGACCCGAUUAUUACGGAGCGUCACCCGGAGGUAAAACGUCCUAACAUCCUUUUUGUAUAAAACGGACAUAUCCUCGUCGGGCCAAAGCCAAAGCCUGUUUAUCAUCCAGACUUAGAUCACCUCAAUCAAGGCUUCAUCAUGGCAACUUCCACGGCGUCACCUUUGGCUUUCAUGGACGCUCUUAGUCCAGCCGUGUCCUAUUUUCGGCCCGAUAAAUCGACAUCAGCCACUCCCAAGAAUACAGCUUCUGGUGAUCCUCCACUCAUUAUUAUUCUUUCUUGGUCGGAAGCACGGGAUAUUCACAUAGCAAAGUACAUAUUGGAGUAUCGCGAGCUCUAUCCAAGAUCUGCCAUUCUCCUCUUCCGCGCUUCUACCAAGCUAUAUAUUCAACCAGCCCUACGUCGUCGCCUGUUUGAGCCUGCUUUACCAAUUCUGCAGUCCGUUAACAACAAGGGAGAAGAUGGGCCCAACUUUCUUAUCCAUAUCUUUUCCAACGGAGGUGUCAGCUCUGCUGCCACGCUUUGGGAGAUGUGGGAAACUUCACUAGGCGGUAAACCAAUUCCUCGACAUGCUGUCGUGAUGGACUCAUGCCCUGGAUACUUCCACUGGAAACGCGACCAUCAUGUCCUCUCGACCGGGUUUCCACCAUUUUUAUCUCCCCUCGUCUGGGUGUUUUUGGGUUUUGCAUGGGUGUACUACAAGCUAUGGCUAGGUGUGGAACCACAUUCUGCCUAUGCCUCGGCUCUCAAUACGCCAGAGAGGAUCAGCCGAGAGACUAUGCGGGCAUAUCUUUACGGAGAUGCGGAUCUGUCAGUUGGCUGGGAGGAUGUUGAAUCACAUGCUCAACAAGCAAAGGAGAAUGGCGCUGUAGUUAGAACAGAAAAGUUCAAAGGAGGUGCUCAUGUUGCACAUGUCAGAGUUGAUGCUGAUAGAUACUGGAAGGUUGUUCAAGAGACUUGGGAAGGGAAAGAAUUUUAGAUUAGACA